AUGGCGAGGUCCUUGGUGCAAUGCAAAUCUGAGGAGCCUUUAGUUGCUUCGUCCUGUCCACAUGAACUUUCUACUGCCCAUAAUGUUGUUUUCUUCUUGAGAUGUGAUGGAGCAUUCAAGAAUGGUAAGGUUGCCAUUGGGGUGAUUCUUCAUGGUUCCAAUGAGAUGAUGGUGGAUGGUAUUGCAAAAAAAAUUCCGUCUGUCUCUAGCCUUUUCUCUGAAACAGCUGCAAUUAGAGAUGCUUGCCUUUUGGCUUCCGCAACUGAUUUACUUGAUGCAACUGUGGUUAGUGAUAAUUUGGAGAUGAUCAA